AUGUCGAAGAUUUAUGUCCCAUAUCGUGCGCUUGGCCUUUGCUCCUCAGAUUUGCCAUUCAUCAUACAAUUUAAGAAGCAUAGUAAUAAGCACUAUCUUCCAAAUUUAGUUCUUGUGGGCAUAAAACAAAUUAUGGAACUUACCUUUCCAAUCAAAAGCUUUACUAUAAAUGUUAUAUUUAAUCCAUAUGGAUAUGGCGAAAGGCUUCUUCUUGGAAGUAUUCAGGGGGCAUUAUCCCUUUGGAAUUUGCGCUCAAGAAAGCAGUUGUAUUGGUUUCGAGGUUUCGGUUCAGCUAUCACUUGCAUUCAACAAGCUCCAGCACUCGAUGUUUGCGCUAUUGGCUUAGCUGAUGGCCGUGUGAUUUUACAUAAUAUACGCUUUGACUCCUCGUUGGCUACGUUUGAACAGGAUUCGGGUGCAAUUAAUUCAAUCGACUUCCGAACAGUUGGCGAGGUGCCUGGCCAUGAUGAAAAUUCACCUUUGGUGCUUUCCGGAUCAAAUUUUGACAUUUAUCUUCUCACUGGUUCAUCCGAAGGAAUGGUUCACACUUGGAGGCUAGCCGAGAACGGUGAAAGUUUUCCUGUAGGUGAAGGGGGAUUUGCUGUCCACUCUGACAGAGUCGUCAGUUUGAAAUUCAUUAAGUGUCUUUCGGCCUCUGAUCCAAACUUACUUGUUACCUCAAGCGUGGAUAAUUCUAUUAAGGUGAUAUUUUUUGUGUUCUCUAUAUGUAACAUUCUUCAUUUUAUAGAUAAGUCAACUAAAUACCUUUCUUACUCUGGUUAUUGCAAUAAGGUAUCCGUUUUUGAUCGUCCUGACGGAAGCCCUAGAAUCAUGAACCAACGCAGUGGUCAUUCACUACCACCAACCUGCAUUGCUUUUUGGCCCGGUGGACAGGCCGGUGGAAGCCUUCUUAUAAGUUGCGGGGCAGACAGCCUUCUGAGGUAUAGUUUUUGCUUAAUUGAGAGUAGUGGCUCUCGGAUUUUUUUUCUUAACUGUUAA